UAGUGUCUGUUUCAAAUUUUAAAGUAACUUGGGUUUUGGUUAGUGUUUGUUUAAUAGGCUAUAGAUUAGUGAUAAAUAGAUUUACCGGUAAUAGGUAAUAUUGAGGUAAAAUUGUAAAAACACAUUUUAACACAUCCUCAUCCAUUUUAAAAUCUUUAGUUACUCUACCAACACAUCCAUUAUUUUGCAGCUUAUGACAUUUCCUGCUUGCCAUGAGUUUUGCAUUUGACCAGAAUCAUUUAUAAAAAGUAAUUUUCCUUACCCCCAAUCCCCCCUUUUAAACACAUUUUUAAACUUUCACCCAAAUUGGUUGCUUCACCUUAUACAGAUAAAGUCCCACCCAGCUAAAAGGAUCUCCACCUCUGCUUGCAUAAACCAGACACAUUGUGAGAUAUUGGAGUAGUUUAAGCUACACAUUUCCUGGUUGUUUCUUGUUCAAAAGCCAGCGUGAGAGAUUUUAUUAUACCAUUGAUAAAAUGGCUGUUGUGUGGUUGGUCUUGAGUCUCUUCCUCUUGGGUUCAGCUGAAGCUGGGAAACUGUUGGUUAUUCCAUCAGAUGGCAGUCACUGGUUAGGGAUGAAGCCUAUUGUGGAGGAGCUGGGGAGGAGAGGAAACCAGGUGGUGGUCGUCAUCCCAGAGGCGAGUCUGAGUAUGGGUCCUUCACAGAAUACCACCACUCUGACAUAUCCAGUGAACUACACUAAGGAUGAAUUAGAAGCAGACUUAGCAGAUCAAUUAAACACAAUUCUAAGUAUUGAUAUGUCGACAGACCUGGCCAAGUUCCAGGUGUUCAUUAUUUCACUGGAUAUUCUUCAAAGCUUCAUAGUGAGGAACGCAGAGGGUCUGCUCUUCAACAGGGACUUGAUGAAGAAACUACAAGAUUACAAUUUUGAUGCUAUUCUCACAGAUCCAUUUGAGCCCAUUGGAGCUAUAGCUGGUGAAUAUCUCUCAGUUCCAGCUAUUUAUAUGCAAAUAAACCUUCCUUGUGGUGUGGACGCUCUCGCCAGUCAAUGUCCAGUUCCAGCCUCUUAUGUUCCACAGCCUUUAACUCACUUUACUGACCACAUGAGUCUUUGGCAAAGGAGUGUGAACCUGGUAAGGACUCUCCUGCAGGCCAUGGCUUGCAGACAUUUGUUUACUUGUGCAGAUGAGAUCGCCUCACGUCUACUGCAGAGAAAGGCAUCGAUGGUUGAGAUCAUGAGCCGUGCAGCUCUCUGGUUUAUGCGAUUCGACUUUGCCUUGGAAAUCCCACGACCGUUGAUGCCUAACAUGAUUAUGAUUGGAGGAAUGGCAACCAAGAAACCAAAACCAUUGUCACAAGUAAGCUCCCAUAAUUACAUUUGCAUGCUUGCAUGGAACUCCAAUUGCGUCCACUACGAGUACCCACUAUGCCACAACGAGCUCAGCCGACUCCAGAGGUUCGAAGGGGGCCCCAACCAGCCCUUCGAGAACCACUACCAGGUCCCAUGUGGGACCUCUAGUAUGGUCUCAUCCUCCGAGGUCUCAUCCUCCGAGCCCCACAGAGGAAACAUACGACCAGCUGAUGUCUCCCAAAAGAGAGUGGAAAGCUGCAAUGGCAUCCACCCCAAUUUUGAGAGCCCGAUGUACGGUCUCCCCUCACAUGGCAAAUCCAGCGAGGGCUUGAUGUGA